AAGAGACGUGCAAGUAGAUGCCCAGGCGGCAAGAUGCCUGUAUCACUGAGAAGCCACCCCCCAGUGUGGGGUGGGUGUGGCCGAGGCCCGCGUGACCUUGCUGCUGACAAUUCCUCAGCGGUCACGUGGUCCCCAACUGGCAGGGACAGCUGCGGACAGGGGCCACAGCUUUGUUUCUAGGGUGGCGCCUGUUCUCUAUCCAGGCCCCUCUUGGCUUCUGCCCUACACUGCUUUUCUUUGAGGCUUAGAGGGCAGUCUACACUUUGGGUCCCUGUAUGAGGACCUAGAGGCACGGAGACACCAGGGUCUCUCCCUGUGGGGCACAGGGCUGUGGGACAAUGGGGCAGGACCAGACAAAGCAGCAGAUUGAGAAGGGACUGCAGCUGUACCAGUCCAAUCAGACAGAGAAGGCACUGCACGUGUGGAUGAAGGUGCUGGAGAAGAGUUCGGACCUCGUGGGGCGUUUCCGUGUGCUGGGCUGCCUGGUCACAGCCCACUCAGAGAUGGGCCGCUACAAGGAGAUGCUGAAGUUUGCUGUGGUCCAGAUUGACACUGCCCGGGAGCUGGAGGAUGCCGACUUCCUCCUGGAAAGCUACCUGAAUCUGGCGCGCAGCAACGAGAAGCUGUGUGAGUUUCACAAGACCAUCUCCUACUGCAAGACCUGCCUCGGCCUGCCUGGCACCAGGGUAGGUGCCCAGCUUGGAGGCCAGGUCAGCCUGAGCAUGGGCAAUGCCUUCCUGGGCCUCAGUCUCUUCCAGAAGGCCCUGGAGAGCUUCGAGAAGGCCCUACGCUAUGCUCACAACAACGAUGACACCAUGCUUGAGUGCCGCGUCUGCUGUAGCCUGGGCAGCUUCUACACCCAGGUCAAGGACUACGAGAAAGCCCUGUUCUUCCCCUGCAAGGCUGCAGAGCUCGUCAAUGACUAUGGCAAAGGCUGGAGCCUCAAGUACCGGGCCAUGAGCCAGUACCACAUGGCUGUGGCCUACCGUCUGCUUGGCCAUCUGGGCAGUGCCAUGGAGUGUUGUGAGGAGUCCAUGAAGAUUGCUCUGCAGCACGGGGACCGGCCACUUCAGGCUCUCUGCCUGCUCUGCUUUGCCGACAUCCACCGGAGCCGUGGGGACCUGGAGACAGCCUUCCCUAGGUACGACUCUGCCAUGAGCAUCAUGACAGAGAUUGGAAACCGCCUGGGUCAGGUGCAGGUGCUGCUGGGUGUUGCCAAGUGCUGGAUGGCCAGGAAAUCACUGGACAAGGCUCUGGACACCAUUGAGCGAGCCCAGGACCUGGCCGAGGAGGUGGGGAACAAGGUCCAACAGCAAGGCAGGGCAGUGACUGGGACUGGAGCUGGCCUUGGUCUUGUCCCCUGCCUCACUCUCCUGUUCGCAUGGCUCCAGCUGAGCCAGCUCAAGCUGCACUGCCUGAGCGAGGCCAUCUGCCGCAGCAAGGGGCUGCAGCAAGAGCUGCGUGCGCACGUCGUGCGGUUCCACGAGUGCGUGGAAGAAACAGAGCUCUACUGUGGCCUGUGCGGCGAGUCCAUAGGCGAGAAGAACAGCCGGCUGCAGGCCCUGCCCUGCUCCCACAUUUUCCACCUCAGGCCCUGUGAAGAUAAGGGAAGACACAGGGCUGGGAGGAAGGACCCACCUUGUUGAGUAGACGGAGUCCUUUGCCUUGUCAGGUGCCUGCAGAACAAUGGCACUCGGAGCUGCCCCAACUGCCGCCGCUCCUCCAUGAAACCUGGCUUUGUGUGACUUCCGGCUGUGAUCCUGGACUUCUGCUGCACCUCCCUUUGCUCCCUUUCCAUUGUCACUCUGGAGGUCUUGAUGUUCUCCUGGGUAGCAGCCAGGGCCUUGGGGCCUGCCCUCUGCUGCUCCUCUGGGCCUAGCUGCCCUCCCCUACCUCUUUGUACUUUGCUCUUUAUAGAAAAAUAAACUGUUUUUAUCAGUCCUGAUUAUUUUCACCUUCCCUGGGGUAGAGAGAGUGGGGGCAAGGCUCUCUAUGUGGGUUUCCCCAGACAUUCUUCAGGAACUCAGAUGCUCCAGUGAGCCAAAGGCAAGAUCUCUGCUGGUGAGACACUGUGCAGGUAUUGGGAGAGGAGUACAACCUACAGUAAACACAAUAAACAGUAUGGA